GUCGCUGUCAUCGCAAAGAUGUAAAGAUGGCUGAGGGCACGAAUCCUGACGAAGGAACGCCGUGGUGGAAUACUUGGUUGCAGACAGCGAAAGACAAGUCAUCAACGGCUUACGAGUUCUUCAAGCGAGACCUGACAGAGUUCUCGAGCACAGUCCAGCAAGACACAGCGCAGGCGGUCUCGUCGACGGCGGCCUUCGUGCGAGACAAGCUCAAGUUGGAUGGGGAGAACUCGGUGACGUCCAAAGCCAAGGAGGGCCUCACCAGCCUCAUCGGGAGCAUCAGCGAGGCCCUGUCGCCCACCUGGGACCCUGCUGAUGACGAGCUGUCCGUCAUCCACGACAAUGAGGUGCAUCCCGUCGACCGCUGGCAGGCCUGCCUGCACUCAAUUCUGGUUGACCGCAACACCUACUGCCAUGAGCCAGACUCCCCGCCAGAGGUCUACGAGAGCUGGCUGGAGACCUUCAACAUGGAAGACCACAAGGAUGAAAUAGCGGAUAUUCUGCUCAACUAUAGUGAAGUGCAGCGGCUAUACGAUGAGCUGGUGCCGGGGGCGGUGCCGCACGAGGAGUUCUGGCAGCGCUACUUCUUCCGUGCUUUCCAGCUGUGGCAGGCCGAAGAAGAGCUUCUCAACAGCGUCCAGGAAUCCAGUGAGCGCCUCUCCAUCAGUGGUGUGGAUUCUGACCACCUGAUGGAAACCUUAGUGGGGCCCGGCUGCCGGUUUCUGGGCUCUCGGCCCUUGGUGGUGCCCCCCAAUACGCCCAACGCUCCAUCGGCUGAGCAGAGUGGCUCCAACUCACCCCAGCCCGCAAAGGCAGUCUCUUCCCCCGCCGGAGACGCCGGAUGCGACGUGCUGGGCACAUUGACCCCGGAAGAGGGAGGGCAAGAUCAGGACAUCGAAAGGACGUUACCCAGCUGUUCCUUGAAGCAAGCGCUCGAAGCCGGCGUGCUGGACCCUCAUCCCAUUUCGGCUGCUGAGGUGCUGGCAGCCAGGCUUUCGUUGCAAGUCGAGGCAACGACUGAGGCGGAUGACGCAUCUGAGCAAGAGACGGGUGCAGUAGCGGACGCCAGUGAGUCGGCAGUUGGUGCCGAAAAACAAGUUGCCCAGAGGGUUCCAACAACAGCAGAAGCUACAAAACGAGAUGCAACAUCCGCUGCACCAACCGAUGCGAGUGCAAGGGCUCCUGGUCCUGGUUCAGAGUCAUCGAGUGGGAAAGACCUUAGCGACUGGGAGGAGUUUGAGCUUGAGUUGGCGGACACGGACGCUGCCCCCGCCGCUUCCAUUGCGAAACCGGCAUCCCACUCUGCCUCUGAGGCUGACGAUGACUGGGAAAAGUGGGAAUGACUGAGAGUGCAGAGUGUUCAAGCAGAGACUCGGAAGACGAGAUGCAAACGCCCGGAAAUGUACACACACGCGCGUCUACCCAGGAGGCUCGGUUAUUUAAUGCAAAGUUGACGUGAAGAGUGCAAGGAGAGCGGAUGGGAGCGUCGAAGAAAGAAAAAAAUUGUACCAUAUCUUCACCGACUGUCUGCCAGCCAGUAUUGUUUGCUAGUGGCGUGGCAUAUCUUUUUCUUCGUCUUUUAUCACCAAAAGGAGAGCGACUGGGGUGGGGUGGGAGAGUUGAGGUUGACGGGUACGAGGCAUGAUGUGUGCUUUUUUUUUUUUUUGCUCAUACCUCCAGAAACUGGGGUGGAAGGGAGUAAAUAAAAAAAUCUUUGCAAUGUUUAAAUAAAGUUGAACUUCCGAAAAA